UUCUCUAACAAACUGCAACUUUGUACAGUCAGACUCAGCUGCAAUGCAAGUGUAGUGGCGAUCGCUGCUGCAUUUGCUUCAUAAUGUUUUUGUGGGACUCUUGCUUGGAGUUUGGCUGUCGAAAAAUGGAGUCACUUUGGAAAUAACGGGAUUUUUGUCUAACUUCGGCGGUUUUGCUGUUUUGCAGGACGAAUAGCCAGUUUAUACGAGUCGUAGUAUAGAUUAGCCGACUAAGCUAACACCCAUUCAGCAGCAGUGUGAGGGGAAUGCUCAAAUAAGUUUCUUGCAUGUUUACUAUAUUGUCUUUUGUUUAUAGUACAGAUGCUCACCUCACUAUUUAGGACUUUUAAACCACUUUCGCCAAAUAAGCGGGCAAUAUGAUGACCCAGAAGUCUUAUUUACAUCAAGGGUUGUGCUGCUGUCAGCGAUGAUGGACUGCCUGUGUAGAUUAGCUGAACAAAUACUAUGCUAUUGUUGAAGUAAUUUGCACAAGGAGGGCGUUUAGCAUUGUGAUUUCUGAAGAGAAUGUCCGAAUUGGAAAGUUCAGGCUCAUUCUUUGGCUUGGAGGAUCCGCAGUGGCUAUGCAUGGUCACUCUAUUCAUUGCGUCCCUGAUUACACUGUUACUGUAUUUUGUACAGUAUUUCAAGUUAGGGGGCACCGCGAGAAAAUCACCUGCUUUAAAGGACAAUGCAGAUAAAAGGGAAGAAGCAGAGGCGCUUUUGGGAUGGGCGCUGUCAUUGAAAAGCUGGAAAAAUGUGUGGAGAGCGGCUUGGUGCAGAGCCUUGAAUGGCGAAUCUAGGAAGUGCAGAAGUCCAGUUGUGUUCACUUUCGAGGAAGAUGCUCUUGAAGCCUCUGAACUUGUGGUCAGUCAAGUGACUAAUUUUCAGAAGUCCCUCAAUCAUAAGGCUGCUUGCUGCAGGAUGGUCGCGGAAAAGCUUCAGUUCUGUGUCAGCGCAGCAUCCACAAACUCUGCUGCAUCGCCUCCUUGUAAAUACACAGUGUGCAUAGAGCCACUGGAGAUACAGCUUGACCUUUUGAUGAAGGAGACUGAAGGUGAGAUCCAGGUUACAUGGGGUAUUUCCCAGUUGGACUCCGGUGAGCUGCAGCUGAAACUAGUCCCCAAUCAGGGCAUUCCUGGGCCCUGCAGUCUAAACAUUGUGAAGGAGCAGUUGUAUCAGUUGUUGUGCGGGACUCAUCCCUCUGUUUCUCUGAGCUCAGAGGUUAAGGAUCUUCAUAACAAAGCGUCAUCACCUCCUAAACCUCCCCGUGCCCAUGACUGGAAACUUCUGGUGAAAAAUAUUCAUGCAACGUGCAAUGAGGAUGUGAAUGCUGCUGGCAGCAUAAACCCUCUGUGUGUACUACACUUAGAUGACCCUCCUCAGAAGUUCUGCACGUCAGCUCUCAAAAACACCACUAAUGCCACUUGGGAACAGCCAUUUAUUUUUGAGCUAAAUGGACGAUCAAAGGAGCUCAAAAUUCAGGUGGUGAAUGAUGGGCAACCUCAAGAGUCCUCAUUGCUGGGCCAGGUGUCAGUGCCUUUUGAUCUUGUGAAGAAGCAGCCCAAAGGACAGCAAACAUUUGCACUCAAGACCAAAGAUGUAGUGACUGGAUCACUAACUACUGAAUUUACUUACCUGGAGCCCAGUGAGGUGAGGUCCUGGCAGCCCCCAACCCCAGCUUCCACUAAGAGAGUGGAGAUGGACCGCACAGUGAUGCCCUGUGGCACAGUGGUCACCACCAUCACUGCAGUUAAGAGCAAGCCUGGGCGGCCACUGCCUGUGGGACUCAGCAUAGACACUUCUCAGAAACUUUUAACCACCAAGCCCAAGUUAUCUGAGCGGCGUGUUUCGGAGCAGUCUUCUGUGGUGGGAAACAUUGUGAGUAAAGCCCUGUCCUCGUCAGACACUGAGCUGCUGAUGCUGAACGGCACAGACCCUGUGGCUGAGGCAGCCAUUCGACAGCUUCACCAGUCCGCCAAACAGAAACUCAAGUCACCCGUGAAGAAGAGCACUAUCAUUAUUUCCGGCAUUGCAAAGACCCCGGUGUCUCAGGACGAUGAGCUUGCGCUGAUGGUGGGCUAUGCUGCUGCUAUGGAUGCCUCCAUGUCAGAGGGCAGCUCCAGUCAGGAUGUAACCACGGCGAUAGCAUCAGGGUCCUCAGCCCCCCCCGAUGAAACUAAUGCCCAGGAGGGCCCCAGUGGGGUGGGCCGGCCUCCAGACGACUGGGAGAGCAAUACAGGAGAAGAGCUGGAUAAUACCUCACUGUCCAUGUGUGUGUCUGAGGCCAACUGUAAGAAGAGCAGAGCCAGCUUCCUCCAGAAAGGUGCGAGGCUGUUCUUUCGGAGGCGUCACCAGAGGAAGGAGCCGGGCAUGAGCCAGUCCCAUAACGACCUGGUAUUUUUGGAGUCUCCCGCUUCAGUGGAGAGGGCCAGUCGAACAGCCACCCUCAGCCGAAUGCUCCACCGCAAGAGUAAACACAAGAGCAAAGCUAAUGGGUCUACCUCCACAGGGGAAGGCCAUACCUGACCCCAGUGACCCCAAACCCCCCAACACCUCCCUCCCCCUAGACAAGGCUUCCAGUAACUCAUGUACAGUUGACUUUCCUGCUCCAUCAACUGCCUGUGCAUACCAGACCUGUAGCAUUGUGAAUGAGGAAAUACAAAAGGAAAAUAUUCUCUUUGUUGCCAUGUGCUUUUGAUAAGAGUCCUAACUUCAUCCCAAUAACAAGUGGAUGAAUUACUCUUAUUUUCUUGCAACAAAAGAGGGUAUUAUUUUGCAUGUUCCUUUUGCUUGAUCUUAUGCAACCUUUUGAAAACACGCUUUGUGGCCUUGUUACUGAGAGAAAGAACUGUACUGGGCUGUGAUUCCUGACCUCUUUAUUUGUGGAAGACAAAGUUGACUUUUUUUUUUUUUUUUUUUUUUGCUGGAACGAGGAAACUGUAAUUUUCUUUACAGUGGACCAAAGAUGAAGAAAGGAGUGGUGUGGUGAAUGAUUUGCACACUUCACGUCCUUAGAUAUUCAGUGCAUUGACCAGAGCUACUCUUCAGAUAAGGCCUCUUUUGUUUCUCAUGAAUUCUGAAAGGGAAGUGUGUGCAUGACUAGUCAAAAUAGGUCCAUUACUGCUUUUCAACACUAAUAAUAUCUGGACUCAUGUAAUAUUUUUUUUAUUUAUUUGUUAUUUUUUACACUCAAAGAUAAUCAAAAUAACAACUGUAUGUCCAUAUGAAACUGUUAUGAGUUUAACAGUCAGGAGUCCUACAUUUUCAAAUGAUAUCUGUUAGUGCAAACACUGUUGUAAGCCUUAGUAUAAUUUUACCUUGGUCUGCAGUGUUUUUGAAUAAUAUGCAAUUUCUUAUGUCUUGUAUUGCUCCUGUACACUACUGUUAUCAGCAGGGAUGUUAACGUGUCAAAGGGAACUACCGGAUCCUUUGUCCAGGGACUGUGAUGUAACUUGGCCAUAUUUAACUGCAUUAUGCACUCAUGAAGCUUAUGGUUGUAUGUCCAAGUCUUUUCAACACAGGGGUGGGCGAUAUGCACAAAAAAAUUGGAAAAAAAAUAUAUAUAUAUAAAUUUUUUUUUUUUGAGCCAGUCAGAUCACAACUUGUCUUUAAAGGUGCACUGUGUAACUUUUCUGGUAAGGGGUCCGCUACCUGCUUAACUCCAUGUUGUUUUUUCCUGAAAUGUUUUACAGUAUGGCAUUUAAGUUAACUAUCUUCAUGGAGACAAGAAGGCCACAUCACCAGGCCAAGUUACAGGUCCAAUCUGUGGAGAAAUGGGCCAGAUCACAGAAAUAAUACAUGUUUUGCAGUAGUUUUGAGGAGUGAAAACUCUAGUAACUGAUUAAAUACAAGAUACCAAGAUAUAUUAAAUCAGAGGCAAAGCAAUAACAUUACUGUGGGCACCCUAGCAGACCCUCCACCAGAAAAGUUACACAGUGCACCUUUUAAGUGUUAGCCAUUUGCUUGUACUGAGAGUUCGUACUUCGCUAUGAUUGAUUAAUUCCACCUGUCACUCAGAGCGUUAGGAAGGUUGACUAUAUAAGGAGGACUUGGUGUAUUUGAGCAUUAAACUGUAACUGCAUUAAACAGGUAAGCAGUGAAUCACAUUUUGACUAAAUAACACCAAAACAUAUUGUCAUAUGGAUGAGAUCACAAUAAAAUUUCUAUCCAUAUCGCCCA